AUGUCUACAAGCGCCUAUACGGCUCUGAUGUCAAGUAAACGCAAGCGUGAUGAAGCUAAUGGAUUUAUAAUGAACGGAAAUGGUCAUGCUCCAAUGGAAACUGAUACUAACGAAAACAAAAAGUCAAGAAUUGAAUAUGUCGAAACUGUCCCAUCAAAAGUUGUUCAUAUUCGUAACAUGCCAGACGAUGCUACAGAACAUGAAAUCGCUCUUCUCGGCAUCCCGUUCGGUUUGCUAGAAAACAUGGUGCUUUCUAAAAAAGCUAACCAAGCUCUGUUGGAAAUGCAAUGCCUAGAGAGUGCGAUCAUGAUGGUUUCGUACUAUCGCGAAUACCAAGUUACGCUAAGAGGACGCACUCUGGUCAUGCAAUAUUCUAAACAUCAACAUCUUGAAUUACAUUCGGAAAACAGUAGCAUAGGCAAUGCAAUUCAGAACGCAAAUUGCAUCGUUCAACAGGAUCUCAGCGGCGCAAAUUCUGGUAUGCCUACUACAGUUCUGCGUGUCGUCGUUGAUAACAUAAUGGGACAGCAGAUCAACCAUACUAUUCUACACAAGAUAUUUUACCGAUAUGGAAAAAUACUAAGGAUUGUUACCUAUUUGAAAAACAAUCAGUAUCAUGGAUUAGUCGAGUUUGGUAAUCAUAUUCAUGCAUUUGUUGCAAUGCUACAUCUAAACGGCCAAAAUAUAUACACUGGAUGCUGUUCCCUGCGUGUGCAAUUUUCGAAAAAUCGUGGUCCAUUGGAAGUUCGUCAAGAGAGUGAUAAAUGCAGAGAUUAUCUCAAUAAUCCACUAACUGAAGAAGAGUUAAUGUCCCUUCGAAGACCCACAGCUGGGAGUGAAAGACAUCAUAGCAACAAUCCUGGUCAUGUUUCUUCAAAUUUCCAAAAUUCAGUCGUACCGAAUAUGGCACACCAAGGUAUUCAUCUCCCGGUUGGGAUGAUUGCACCUCCAAAUACGAACAAUAUGGGGAUUAACGAACUAACUGCUCAGUUAGCAGCACUAGCUCAGCAGUCAGGUUUGGCUCUUACUCCUGCAGCAGUAGCUGCUACUGCAAGUUUCAUGGCUCUUACAUCACAAAAUAGCGGUCCUGGUUCUCAAUCUGUGUCAGGAACUCCUAAUCUGUCUACUAUACUAGCAGCACUUCAGGGUGGUGCUGUUCAAACUGGGGUGCUCCCCCAUAUGUCUGGCGGUAACGCAAGUGUUAUGGGAUCUGUGCAAACACCUGUCUCUUCUCACGUGACGCCUGUUGGAGUUCGCCCCCCUCCCAAUAAUAAUGGAAGCACUGUCCUGAUUGUAUCAAAUCUGAACGAAGAUAGGGUUUAUCCGGAUGCUCUUUUUACACUUUUUGGUGUAUAUGGAGAUGUCACUCGCGUGAAAAUUAUGUUCAAUAAGAAAGACACAGCCCUGAUUCAGUUUACCGAUCCUCAUCAGGCUCUUACAGCUUUACAGUUUCUCAAUGGCCAGCGCCUCUGGGACAAACCGAUGAAAAUUGCAGUGUCUCGACAUAAUAUUGUUCAGCUACCGAAAGAGGAUACUGAAAAUGGUUUGACCAAAGAUUAUACUAACAGUCUGUUGCAUCGUUUUCGAAAGCCCAAUUCAAAAAAUUUUCAAAAUAUUUACCCUCCAAGUCACGUUCUGCAUUUGAGUAACAUCCCUCCUUCGGUAACGGAAAACGACAUACGUGUGUUAUUUGCAACUAAAGGAUUCGAAGUUACUGGGUUUCGGUUUAUGAAGGAUAACAAAAUGGCGCUCGUGCAGUUGGAAACAGUUGACUUGGCUAUUCAGUCUCUUAUCGAAUUGCACAACAGCCAGUUGACAGAAAAUUCUCACUUACGGAUCAGCUUUAGUAAAUCUGCUGUUUGA